AUGUGCUGCCAGCCAGAGGCACAUAACGUAAGAACUACCCUGCAGAUAGGGGAAGGUAAGAAAUAUUUCCUGGCUCACCUCUUCACUCUGAUAUGGUAUAAUAUACUAGUAAAUUUAGGGUAUAGGAUGUAUUUACGCUGCCAUGGCUUCAUUACAUCCCCCCAAUCUACGCUCAAGCCCUUCCUGAGCUGGCUGGCUAAUGAUAUUCACAAACAUUUCCCGCCUCUUAAACUUGUAUCGUUUGUCGACUGCCUAAGCGCAUCGCUCUGCAAUCGGUAUUUACACUAUCUACUUCCGCCCUACGUCUUUUCAUUUAAUGUUUGCACGAGAAAUCUUUAUCAUAAUCCUGCUACUUGCUGUUUUUGCAGCUUCAUAGCUUUUCGAUGUUGGUACACUUUGAACCCAAUCCCAAAAACCAACCCGAUAACACUUCAAGUUGCCGAAAUAAUCACACCUGCUAAACCACCUUUAGUUAAACUAGAGCUAGAGGGUGAGUUCGAGCCCCCAGUUCCAGCCACUGAACUACUUGGAGCCGCAGGGUUCGCGUUCGUUAUUGUCAAAAUCGACGGUGAGACCGUGGAUGACGGAGAGGCCGCGGUUGACGGGAAGGCGAGAGUUGGUGGAGAUUCUGCAGAAAAGCGCAAUCGUGGGUCUAAAUUCCAUCGUGAGGUUGUAAUCACUCUCUGGUUGAAAAUAUUGUCCAAUACAAUAACCUCCGUGGGUAGCGACAUUGGGCUGCCGCAGGCCUGGAAGCGAUUGGGACUAUCUGUUACACGCGGACAACCCACCAGUUACCAUCAGGUUAAUAUUCGCGCCAAUUCAUGGUUACAAACAAUAAUAGGGGUGAGAGAAUUAGAAUGGAGUCAGAGCACUAGGACUAUCUGGCCCUGGACAAGACCGAUAAUGCUCGGGGCAUACACCAGGAGAAUAAUAGCUCGUGACCCAUGCCCACGGCUCCGUAAAAACUCCAAGGGAAGAACUUUGGGUCACUUGAAAAAGACCAAAGCUUGGAAAGACAGUCCGGGGGGAAAGUGGUGGGAGGGAGUGGCCCAAGGUUUGUGGAGGUGGUCCAACUCGGAAUAUAAAGGUCAUAAGGGCCAAGUGAUAGCGUCGUCAUUAGUGGACAAGAGAUUUGCGGAAGCGAGAUACAGAACCAAGAUGCGCUUGCCUCAUGACAUAAUCGCCCAAAUCCGAUGGCUCGUGACGCCGAAUCACAGUGUGGGUGUAGCGAAUGGCCGAUCAGGUAAGCGAGAAAUGAAAAUUUUGAGUUCUCAGGACUCGUGUUACCCUUGGGACUUACUCCAUACUCUCACCUUUCCCUCUAGAACCAUACCGUCGCACCUACUUCACCUAGACCUCAACACCAACACCAAUUUUGACUGCAACGGCACUACCCACAAUGUUACAGAUAAUCCCUUUAAACAAAACCAGGGGAUCCCACUGGAACGGCAAGCUAUAUUAUGGCUUCCUGAAUAUCCACAGGACCUAUGCAAUGUUCAAAGAGGCGAGGAAGGCUUCUUCCGGGAAUCUCGUACAAUGAUAUCAGUUUAUCAACGACCAUGGCGCAUCAUGACAGCUACGGCUGCAAGAGAUAGCACAGAGGGUUGUUUCAAGCCUCAAAAGCCUGAUGGUCUCAUAUCGCAGCUAUACAGCCCUGCAGAUCUAGAGCAUGAUGUCAUGCUUUUUGGCCUCGAGGAUGAGUCAAAAGUUUUGCAAGAACUUUCCGUACUCCUAACGAACGAUUCAUUUUGUCGCUGGGAAUAUCACAACAUAUUUUUGAGCGAGGAUGAACUUGACACAAGCACUGCUGCUGACUUAAAAGGCUUUUCCGACUAG